AAAUAAGCUGGCAGCACUGCUUCCGAGUCUUUUCCCCGCCUUCACCUUCUUCAGGUGCGAAAUUGAUGUGUUAAAUCUAUUUGUUGCCUGCGGUUCAUCACCUAUUCGCAAACGGCAUUAUUUCAUUCUAGAAUCUUUAACUAACCAUAAUAAUUUGAAACAUUUUUGAAUAUGGCGCCUGAUCGACAAAUUCGAUCAGUUCGAUAGCGGUAACAUGUACCAUUAACCAACACUUGCCAAGACGCGCGCCAUAUUGAGGGCCAAAAUUUCAGAAGCUCCGAGGAAAACCACGUUUUUUUUUUUUUAAUAAAGUUUAACUAUGUCGAAUCAGCGCCAAAACGAGUGGACCGUCGAGGAUGUGUCGGAUGAUGCAUCACUUGAGAGUAUUUCAGACGAUGAAAACCCAAGAGGCGACCCGAACAUGUUUCUUGCGUAUCUGCGCCAAACAAAUGAAUAUCUAGAAAAGCGCGUCCAGGUACUCGAAGCGCAGAGGGACAGGAUGUUGGCUCAAAAGUUGAAUUUGAUGUCACAAAUAACCAUGCGACAGGCCUCUGAAACCACUAUCCUGACAAGCGUCCUCAAGUUACUGGACGAGUUGAAUCAUCGUCUCCUGAACGAAUUCGAGAAGACUGAGAAACUCGAAGACGACCAUCAGAAGAAGAACAGGCAGUACUGCGAGCAUUUGAUUGAGCAGCUGAAGGCAUCCCACCCGAAUACUCCUUUCGACAAGUACACCAUAAUGCCUUGCAGCGAGCUGGAGAAAGUGAUUGAGAUUAUGGAGCUUCAACUGGAUGGAAUACGUGCCAGGAAGGUGGCCGUAACCAGGGAGAUGCUCAAAACCAAGAAGGAGUUUGACGAAGAAUAUGUUAGUCUUCGCAAGGACUAUGACGCUCUAAGCAUGGUCGAAAGAGAAGUUAUUGAAAUUGCUGAAAACUUGCAGUUUGAACAGGCACUGCACAAAAGCCACAAGUGAAAGAAAGUUAUAUAGAUUUCAUAACUUUAAACCAUAUUUAAUCAAAAAUUAUCCCAGGGACCAAGUGAAGAUCCAUUUAUUUAUUUUUAAUGUGAUUCGAAUGAAGUAUUUUAUUUUUUAAUAUUUUUCUUAAUUUCGUUUCGUUUAAAUUUUCAAUUUAUGGUUAAAAGUGUCAAAAGUCUGAAGCUCUUCACAAAACUUAAGUUUUUUUUUUCAAACAUACUCAAUUCAACUAUUAAUAGCCACAUAUCUUCUUUUUUAACAUGUAUAUCAAUGUAAGAAAUUAAUUUAACAUUUAAUUAAUAAAUAAAAGUGUAACACGUAUCAAAUAUAUACGAAAAUUAUUCA